AAAAAAAGCGCAAACAUUUAGCAAUCUGUCUGUUAAUUAGUAAAUCUCAGAGCAUUAACUAGCUACACAAUGUCUGAAGAAAAGCCAAAGGAAGGAGUGAAGACUGAAAACGACCACAUCAACCUAAAGGUUGCGGGUCAAGAUGGGUCAGUAGUCCAGUUCAAAAUUAAACGGCAUACUCCGCUGAGCAAGCUGAUGAAGGCGUACUGCGAAAGACAGGGUUUGUCAAUUAGACAGAUACGGUUUAGAUUUGACGGACAGCCAAUCAACGAGACCGACACACCUGCACAGCUUGAGAUGGAAGACGAGGAUACCAUUGAUGUAUUUCAACAACAGACCGGAGGAGGGUCCUUCCCCUCGGAGGCUUCUCUUAAAGGUGUAUGGACCCCUCGGCGGUUCCUUCCUCUCGGAGGCUUCUCUUAAAGGUGUAUGGACCCCUCUGAGUCUCCUCUCCCUCUGAGGACAGAAACACAGUUGAAGAGCAGCAACUUUUAUUUUUUUAUUAUUAAAUAAUUGUUCCGCUUGUUUUUUUUUUUGUAUUUUGUGAUCGAUCUGCUCGUAGCCAUGGUCUUAUCCUUUUCAUGAUCGCAAGCUGGAUUUCAUGCCACCAAUUCACAAAUGUCUUGUUUAUAUUCGUAUUUUGGAUGGACUAUAAACUGCUUGUAGUCAUGUUUUGGAGAAUGUGUGUUUGUCCCAUGUGUGAAACAAUGGGGGGGUUCUACUCA